CUGGUGUCGCACGCUGAUCACAGUGAGAGCUUACGUCACUACUCGGCCAAUAUAUCCAAUGUGGAACUCAUGCAUGUGUCACAACUAUUACAUGUACCUCGACAUUAAAUUAUAUCUAAUCAUCUUUGGCCGACUACUCACUUGCAUUCAGCUUAAUUGUUAUUUUGUUUGCAACUGUAUAUGUGUGCAGGUGAAGUGUUUCCCUAUUUAAACUAUUUGGAAGUUAUUUAUUUAUAGAAUUCUCCAGAGAUAGAAGUGAGCAUUUAAAGAAAGUCAUUAAACUAUUCCGUGUAGCUGUACUGUAGUUCAGAGUAGCAAUGCAGACUAAGAGACAACUUGUAGUGUUAGUGCUGGCUUGCAGUAUUGUACUGUUCUCUCAAGGAGCAAGAUGUUCUAACUUCUCACUCAAUGUAACUCUCGUGACUAACUCACCCCUCAACUGUAGCACUGGGCUGACUUACCCUGGUCCUGCAUUUGUUAGAGUGGAGUAUCGAUGGCUGGAGUGGGUCGGGUCGGAUGAUCAUGAUGAGUCAGCUGGAGACAAUGAAUUAUUGAUGCCUGGCCAGUGGAGUACUCUUAGGACGAUGAUUACUUAUGCUGACUAUAGUGUAACUGGACAUACUCUACGAAGUUCUGGUCAAGACAACGUUGAUGCUGUGCAGCUGAGAAUAGUACAGCCAGAACAUGGCGGUGGAUUGUGCAACUGCUGGGAAAUCAGUAAACUACUGGUUACAUUUGAUGGCAAUGUUGACCUUACUGAAGAAAGCAGAUGCAACGACAGUCAACUCACAAGAAAUGGAGCUGGUACUCUACAAUUCUGUGGAGGUAGCGCAGGGGAACCAAGGGGUGUGGUGUUUCGCCCUGUUGGGCUGAAUAAUGGCAAAUGUUCAAAGGUAGUCGAUGGUUCAGCUCUUGUUGAUAAGCAACCACCACCGAUGAAUUGCGAAACCAGUAACCCAAGAAUAGAGCUGUCAUAUGUGCUGGAUUUAACCCCAGAUGGCUGUGACCCGAUUGACAACAAUAAUGAGGGUAUAGAGGUAUCACUAGGCAACUGGGACAGAGACGGCACUUGGAUUCCUCUAGCAUACCACAAUAUAUUAUUCACUAAUAACCCUAGUAAGAUCCGAAUCAGAGACUAUGAUGUUCCUUACUAUAAUUGUAGUGGAGUUCAGUCAUUCAGGAUAAGUGUGUGCGGAGAUGACUAUCUCAGAGAUGGACUGCAGAUAAGAUGGCUGCAAUACGUUAACUUAAAAACAGAUAAGAAAAGAGACGUAGUAACAUUGGACAAUGUGUCUAUUAGCUUGAUUGUGAAUGAAACCAGCAUCAGUCUACUGGAGGAUGGAUUUGAUGAGGGAAAUUUGAGCUCAACAAAUUGGAAUAAAGAGAUCAGAAACGGUGGCGUAUCUACUGACUGCUCUGGUGACUCUGAUGGUCACAAGAUAGUGUUUGGUCUCAACUGUACAACCUUCGGCUGUGAGCUUAACAGAACAGACGCUAGUCGCAUAGCAACUACAAUCCCACUGAACAUCACUCAACUCUUAAGCUCCUCCGAACCAUUUCCAAACAAUCAGCCAAAUACAACUAUUGUCAAUAUCUGCUAUCCAGAACAGAUCAUUAAUCCUACAUCAAUGGGUGCCACAUCAACUGAAGAAAAGGUGACCUCGGAUAUUACAACUGCAGAAGAGGUGACGCCAACUACCUCGGACAUGACAACUGCAGAAGAGGUGACGUCAACUACCUCAGAUAUGACAACUGCAGAAGAGGUGACGCCAACUACCUCGGAUAUGACAACUGCAGAAGAGGUGACGACAACUACCUCGGAUAUGACAAUUGCAGAAGAGGUGACGUCAACUACCUCGGACAUGACAACUGCAGAAGAGGUGACGCCAACUACCUCGGAUAUGACAACUGCAGAAGAGGUGACGACAACUACCUCGGAUAUGACAAUUGCAGAAGAGGUGACGUCAACUACCUCGGACAUGACAACUGCAGAAGAGGUGAGGCCAACUACCUCGGACAUGACAACCUCGGAUAUGACAACUGUAGGAGAGGUGACGCCAACUACCUCGGACAUGACAACUGCAGAAGAGGUGACGCUAACUAUUUCAGAUAUGACAACUGCAGAAGAGGUGACGACAACUAUCUCGGAUAUGACAACUGCAGAAGAGGUGACGCCAACUACCUCGGACAUGACAACUGCAGAAGAGUUGAUGCCAACUACCUCGGAUAUGACAACCUCGGACAUGACAACUGUAGGAGAGGUGACGCCAACUACCUCGGACAUGACAACUGCAGAAGAGGUGACGCCAACUACCUCGGAUAUGACAACUGCAGAAGAGGUGACGACAACUACCUCGGACAUGACAACUGCAGAAGAGGUGACGCCAACUAUCUCGGAUAUGACAACUGCAGAAGAGGUGACGACAACUAUCUCGGAUAUGACAACUGCAAAAGAGGUGAUGACAACUAUCUCGUAUAUAACAACGGCAGAAGAGGUGAUGACAACUACCUCGGAUAUAACAACUGUAGGAGAGGUGACGCCAACUACCUCGGACAUGACAACUGCAGAAGAGGUGACGACAACUACCUCGGACAUGACAACUGCAGAAGAGGUGACGCCAACUAUCUCGGAUAUGACAACUGCAGAAGAGGUGACGACAACUAUCUCGGAUAUGACAACUGCAGAAGAGGUGACGACAACUAUCUCGGAUAUGACAACCUCGGAUAUGACAACUGCAGAAGAGGUGAUGACAACUAUCUCGGAUAUGACAACUGCAGAAGAUGUGAUGUCAACAAGUUCCAUUCAAGUGGCGUCAACAGCUCCAUCUACAUCUACAUCCUUGGCCGAAGAGUUAAAAUCUGCUAUCUCAGAUACUUCAAGCAUUAUAAAUGGAAGUGAAAAAUUGAGAGCCAUCAAGAAAAAACCUCCUAGUCAAGCAGCUACUUCUCUACGAGACUUUGUGAGGAAGGGUCCAAAACCUGUUGAGAGGAGAGCUGUUGUGUAUCUGCUCAGUGACAUGGUAAAUCGGGCGAGAGGUAUCAAUGACAGCCAACAGUUUGGUCAAGAUGUUUUGGAAGUGAGUGAUAACUUGCUGGAACAAUCACUGAACACUACUCAGUCCAGCGCCAUUGUCGGGAGUACACUGCUUGCUACCAUUGAGCAGCUGGCAUUUAAUGUGCUCACUCCGACUAAAGACGGCCUUAGGACAUCAAAUAUUGAACUGAUAGUCCAAGAAGUAGAACAAGAUGGGAACGACAACUCAUACUUCACUGGUAUUGAAACAACCAACGGCUCCAUCCGAGUGCCCACUGAGUUAGUGAGGAUGAUGGGUAAUGUAACUGGACCAGUCACUCUGGCCUCAGUCUACUACAGGAACAUGAGUGGACUGCUGCCCGGGACUCUGCCUGGAGAGAGGGACACUGUGUUAGCAUCUCCAGUGGUCUCCACCAGUCUGCAGUGUGGGGACAAGAUCUGUGACACAGCCAACAUUAAGCUUAGUCAGCCAGUCAUUGUCACACUGAAACACUCCUCACAGUUGGCGCAGGAUAGCGGUGAAAUGAAGUGUGUUUUCUGGGAGUUCAAACGAGGAAGUGACUCUCGGCUAAUCAAUGGAAGAUGGAAUACUAGGGACUGUGAGAGAAAUGACAGUCUCUCUAACUCCACACACACUGUGUGCGAAUGCACACAUCUCACCAACUUUGCCAUUCUCCUCAGCUCUCAGCCCAUAGUGGGAGGUGUACAUGCAUUCGUACUGGAAGUGAUUGGCUACAUCGGUGUAUCACUCUCUGUACUAGCCAUGCUAGCAACCAUUCUAGCAUUGGUAUACCUAAGGUCUCUCUGGAGCAUGCGUAACUACAUCCACAUCAACUUGUGUGUGAGUCUAAUUCUGGCACAGCUGAUGUUUGUGAGUGGGGUAACCCCUCACGGAGGGGGUGUGGUGGAUCCUGGUUGUCGGACGGUAGCAAUUCUCAUGCACUACUUGUUCCUGGUGUCCUUCAUGUGGAUGCUCAUGGAGGGGGUGGUCUUGUAUGUGGCCCUCGUCAAAGUCUUUGUCAAAAAUCAGAAGAGAUACAUAAUGGGCUUCACAAUUUUCAGUUAUGGUGCCCCUCUACUGUACAUGGGUCUCUGUGUUCCCCUGGGCUUUACUCUGUACCCUGAGGCAGACUAUGGCUAUGGCUAUGUACAAGUCAGUAACAGCACUCAAGACAAUGAGACCACCACCCAACAGAUCGCUGUCUGCUGGUUGAACCCUCAUGGCUACUUCAUACAGACAUUCAUUGUACCAGUUGUGUUGGUUAUUUUGGCAAAUAUUGGCUUCUUCAUCAUGGCACUAGUGAUCAUGAACAGACAUGCAAAGAAGCAGACGCACAAGAACAGAAUACAGAGAACAAAAUAUUGGUUAAAGUCUUCAGUUUCCUUGGUAACCAUCAUGGGUCUGACAUGGAUCAUUGGUCUUCUAGUGUUCGAGGUCCCUGCUCUUUUCCCGCUGGCGUACAUCUUCACAAUCUUUAUUGCCUUCCAAGGAGUGGCCAUCUUCGUCAUAUUUGUGCCCCUCUCUAAGCAAGUGAGGGAGGCCUACUCAAAAUGGUGGAGGGUUAAAGUGGCAGAGUCUGACAUUCUCAGCAGUUACUUUAGUGACUUGUCAUUCAGAAACAACAGCAGUUCAGCAAGCAAUGGUAAGACGCCCUCUAUAAAUCAACAUAGCUCACCAAAUAUUUACGAGCUGGAGUCUAAUAUAUCGAAAACGACUUAUGAGUCGAGUGUGUCACUGGAUACAGAACGGUUCAAGACUCCUGACGUUACUACACCUGACUAUGGGUUCGCUUUCAACAUUACCAUGAGAUACCCUCAGGGCAAAUCAGAUCAAGAUGUCUGCAUUGGGAACAGUGGAGUGCAGGAUUGAUGACGUCACUGGAAAUGUAAUAACUGUCUACCUUGCUGAACAUUGUAUAAUUAUAAGGUGUGUCUCAAAUAUCAUGUCCUUUUUUUUCUUGUCAGUAAACUCUAUAAUUAUAGUUAAAGAAUUCAUGUGUGUAUAUAAGUCAUGUGUGUAAUAUGUGUAGCAAUAUCUGAUUCUGAUAUUGAAA